AUAUGGAGGGGAAAAGGGAGGGGAGUCAAUCCGGGACCCAAAAUGACCCGAAACAUAACCCGAAGCACAGCAAACAUGGCGGAGCCCUCCUUUGGGAGUUCGAGCCCAGGGGGCUCGGCUGGCUCGGACGAUCAGGAGUUUGACCCUUCCGCUGAGAUGUUGGUUCACGACUACGACGACGAGAGAACUCUGGAUGAAGAGGAGAUGCUCGAAGAAGAAACAAACUUCGGCAAUGAGAUUGAAGACCUCGCCCGAGAGGGUGAGAUGCCCAUUGAAGAGCUAUUAAACCUCUAUGGUUAUGGUAGUGCGGGGUCUCCUGAGGAGGAAGAUGAUGAUGAUGAAGAUGAGGAUUAUGAUGAUGAUGGUGAUGAAGAUGACGGGGGGGACGUGGACUAUUUGGAUAAUGACCACGGCAGAAGUACCGAGGAAUUGAAAAGGAAUAAGCCCCUACCUCUAGCUCCGGACGGGAGAGUGAAGCAUUGUGGGGAACUGGAGGACGAGAUGCUGUACUCUGUGGACGGGCGCCGUCGCUCACACAGCACGGCUGAGCUCAUCAGGCCCCGGAAGUGCAAGUACUUUGAGAGUAAUAACGGUGAAGAAGAAUCCGAGGAGGAUGAAGAUUACAUUCCGUCUGAGGACUGGAAAAAGGAGAUCAUGGUGGGCUCCAUGUAUCAGGCCGAAACACCAUCUGGGAUCAGCAAAUACAAAGACAACGAGAAAGUGUAUGAGAAUGAUGACCAGUUAUUGUGGGAUCCCGAGUACCUUCCGGAAAAUGAAGUGGUGGAAUUUCUUACCGAGGCCUCAAAACGCACAGGAGAGGAAAGGGGUGUGGAUGCCAUUCCGGAAGGUUCUCACAUCAAAGAUAAUGAGCAGGCGCUCUAUGAAUUGGUGAAGUGCAAUUUUGAUACAGAGGAAGCUUUAAGGAGGCUGAAGUUCAAUGUUAAAGCGGCCAGAGAAGAAUUAUCAUUAUGGACAGAGGAAGAAUGUAGAAAUUUUGAACAAGGACUAAAAGCUUAUGGAAAGGAUUUUCAUUUAAUUCAAGGAAACAAGGUGAGAACUAGAUCAGUAGGAGAAUGUGUGGCCUUUUAUUACAUGUGGAAGAAAUCUGAGCGUUAUGAUUUCUUUGCACAGCAAACCAGGCUUGGGAAAAGGAAAUACAACCUUCACCCAGGCGUGACGGAUUAUAUGGACCGGCUAUUGGACGAGACAGAGAGCGCAACCUCUAGUCGGGCUGCAUCUCCCCCGCCCACCACCUCCAAUAGCAGCACCAGCCAUUCAGAGAAGGACGAGAGCAGCAACCACAAUGGUACAGGAAAUCACGGUGCUGUGGAGGUUGUGUCCGGUGAAGACAAACUAAAGAUGGAGGCAGUUCAGACCAAUGGCCCUGCCCCAUCCACGGACCACCCCGCCUCCAGAGAUUUUAACGGGCGCGAUGAGGGGGCGGACCCUCACGCCGACGGCCCAAAUGGGCCCUCCCAGGACGACAGCGGUCACGAGAGGACGCUGAAGAGACGCAGGGUGGAGGGGGGCGAGGCAGAACCUUCCAGAACCAGCACGCCCAGCACAGAAGGAGACUGAACGUGUCCCAGAAGGACAUGAACCUGGGCCUCCCAUAACAGACUGGGCUCACCAGCAAGGAGGGGGAGAUGUUCUGUUUGGAGUGCGUGCCCCACACUCUCAAACCCAGUUUAUAUCCCAAAGUAAUGCAGCUCCAAAAAUGCGCGGGUUUUUAAAAGAAUCCCACCAUUUUGUGUGUGUUUGUGCGUGCGUAUGAGUGAGUGAAACACCGAUACAUAUUUAGAAAGAAAUAUUCCCUCUAUUUGUAUGAGAUCAUCUGUAAUAUUUUUGUAAGCAAGAUCUAUUUUUGAAUUACACAUUGAUGGCUAUUGCCGUUUGGCCACCUUUUUUGAGGAGAGGGGAUGUGUUGGCCCGUCGGUGAGGGAAAGGGUGGCUGGAGAUUCACAGGCAAAAGACAUUGCACUUUGGGUUCCUUUCCGCUAGGGCAGAAACCCAGCCUGUCCCACCGAUGAACACAAGACUCCUCCAGGAGGCCGAUGGCGCACUCUGGUUUUUAGGAAAAUGAGCUGGAGGCUAGCCUGCCCUGCUUGUUUAUAUUGAGGCUGACAUCAGUGAUGUCCUGUAUAUUUCUGAUUAUGAAAGUGUUUUUUUUUUGUUUUUUGUUUUUCAGAACCUCUGUUGAAUUGGACUUUGUCAUUUUUUUAUAAUGGUACUUAUUGAGAGAAAAAAAAGUUUGUAUAAAUUUCUUAUUCUGUACAGUUCUUACAAUUUUGAUAAACAUUGGCAAUUACUUGAGAUAUGAAUGUCAGUUUUUUUUAAGUUUUUUUUAAACACUUCCUGUCCUGGGGGGGUAAAAACCAUUAAAGACCAUUGAUGUAACUCACAUUCCUCACUUUUAGCAGCCUUGGGCCACGACUGACACUGAAAGCAUGUAUAUAUGCCACGUGCAUAUUACCUACUAAUGAGAACGGUUCUGACAAUAGAAGUGGCCUGCUCCUUUUUCCCUUGGGGCUAAGGUGGGAGGCAGUGCAAGCUGGAACAAUGCUGAUCUCUUGUAAAUUCCUGAAAGGUGUUGGUCGUUAGUUCCAGGGUGAGAGAACCCUUGCAUUUUAAAAGCACCAAAGCCUUGGAGGGUCGUUGUUUCUGAAAAACCACUGCUGACUGAAAUGGUGCCGAUGUGUUAUUAGGUGAUUGUCUUCACAAAUCAUGUUGUCUAAAAGCUUUAGCUUCUGAAUUUCUUCCCCUUUUCAAGCAAAAUGUAACAUUUUCUUGUUAAAAUAAUUGUGAAGUACUUAUCAAUAAAAGUUUUUUCUUUUGUU